AGUGAUUCGAUAUCAAGGACGUUUCUUUUCUAUUUCAUCGUCAUGCAUUGCGAAUGAGGCACUUUUGGCACAUCUCGUUUAUCCUAAAUGCUGACUGUGCAUCGUUACUAUAACAGAAAGGCGAAGCGUGUCAGAGCAGAAAGCAGAACAUCACACCUGUCCAGCAGGAAGUUGCUGGAUCCUGUGGAACAGCAACUUCCUGUCUGUAACAGCCAGAUAGACUCUUUGAUUACAGAUGUUUUAGUCUGCUCUGAUCAGAGAGACAGAUUCAGUGUGAAACCUGGUAAAAGUAUCUGUGUAAAACACUCAAACUGUACCCGUCGUUUUAAACGUUAUCGCUGAACAUUCGGCUGCAGUGCAUCAGUAACGUCCCAGAUGCACAGAAUGAUGCAACAAACCUCAUAAAGCCAGUAAAUCCUCUGGUUUUGAUUAACUGGCGGCCUCAACACUAAUCUGUUAUAUCUGAGAUAUGGGAGACAAUUUAGUUUAACUUCCUGUGAGCGUUUUACUAGGUGAUAACUGGCCAGACAAAAUAUUUAAUAUAAAAAUCUGAAGCACACUAACAACAACACAUCAUGUAAUCAGUCUUAUUAGUUGUAAAGCAAAAGCAGCAAAGUUCACCAGUGUCUUUGUAUGUAAACGCAGGAUGUUUCUUCUUCUUCUUAUCUGUUGCUCUCAGUUUGCUUGUGUUUAUUUGCUGUAUGAACAAGCUAAUGUAGGCUGACUGAAGCAGGCUUCAGCCCUCACAUUGACACUGAGACCUGGAGGGAGGAUGCUGGACAGACGUGGCACACCCAAACAUAUUUUAAGGCCCCGGACCACAACAUAUUCAGUUCCUGCCUCCAGGAGAACUUUGACACAUGGGGUCAGAACGGACAAUAUUGUAAACCUGCAUCGUUGAAGCACGGAGCUGGAAGGUGGUUGGUACCUGUGAUGGUGGUAGUGGUUGAAGUUGGUGGACACCAGGAGGUGAAGGGAAGCAGCUGACAUUUAGCAGAGUUUGACUCUGGGAGUAGCUGAAUCAAGUAACCAGGUGAGGGCGUGGAACAGGGUGUGCUGCUAAGGAUAUUACUGUUCUGCUAAAUAGAAGGAAGGAGGAUCUCCUCAGUCUGGGGUCGAGGGGAACGAGUGACCCCACCCCACCGCUAGGCCCUGGAAUACAUGCAUGUUGUAGGUUUGUCUUGGUUGCUAGGCCUCUGCAGUGGCUCGUGGAGAUCUGGGCGGUGCCUGUGGAUCGGCUGACGGGGAUGUUGGUUCCCAUCGUUAAGAAGAGCAGCACAGUAUGCUCCACCCACAUUAUUCAGCCUUCCUGGAUUAGAGUGAAGAGUGUGGUUUAUGUUGUGAUUGUGAAAUAUCUGGACCAGGAUCUUUGUGUGUGCAGGGAAGGUUGCUCAAACACGGUACCAGUCUGCUGUGGUGAAGAGAGAGCUAAGUGCAGACCAAUGGGUCUCUGUCCCUACCCUAACCUAUGGCCACAAGCUUUGGGUAGUGACAGAAAGCAAGCAGCAGAGAGUGACUGGUCUCGCAGAGGUAGGGUGAGGAGUUCAGUCACUUGGGAGAACUCGGAGCAGUGGAGCAGCAGAACCAGAGCCAGCUCAGGUACCCGGGGCACCACAAUCCAGAUCUUGGGCACCUAGUGAGUAAGGUGUUCUGGCAUGUUUCACCACGAGCAGGUCCUGUGGUAGGGUCAGGACAUGCUGGAGAAAUGACAUCUCUCAGCUGGCCUAAGAACGCCUGUCUUCACCUGGAUGAGCUGGAGGAGGUGGCUGGCAGAGCAAGGUCUCUGCUCCUCCACACCAUGGCCCCAGACGUGGAUGGAUGGUGGUGGAUGGUGUCGUGUCUUUCUUGAUUUUCAACACGCAGUGCAGCUACAUCUGUUGUCUGUAUGUUGGCGGUUUUAUUCUCAUGAAUAUCAUGGUAAGUGAUGGUUUUUUAAAACCUUUGCGGCCCAUAGGUGGCUCUGCUGUGUCUGUAGCCACGCCCUGCAGUGACCUUCAGUGCCAAAGAAGAUUUGCAGGUUUGCUUUUCAGGCACAUGAUUAGAAAAUAGUUGUGAACAAACUAAAUAACAGUUCUCUGUCUGCAAGGGAUACUGCAACAAGUUGUGUUUACACAGUGUGUGUGUGGUGGGAGUGGGCGUGGCUAGUCUCUUCUCCAUUGUGUCUUCAUCACAACAUUGUGAUUCUAGGUCAGCAGAGAAGUCGCCUCUAUUUUUGUCCCCGUAAUCCCCUGUAAGAAUGCACACACCCUGCAGUGUGCGUGCAUGCGUUUGUGUCUGCGUGCAUGUCAGCUGCAGUGUGUUAAUACCUCUAGCGUGUUACACACUAAUCCACUCACAGAGUCGCAGGACCGCUCUGCCUCCCCCCCUCGUCUCCCCUUCUGUCUUGGCUCGGACACCCCGAGUGGCCGGGACACAGUGGAUAUAUUUGACCCCGGCGUGCUGUGGCCUCUCUGGAGCACCCACGAGUGCAGGCAUGGUGGUAGGAGCAGCAGGCCAGUCGGACAGUAACACAAGUUUCCUGCGAGCAGCCAGAGCGGGGAACGUUGACAAGGUUUUGGAAUACCUGAAAGGGGGCGUGGACAUCAGUACCUGCAAUCAGAAUGGUCUUAAUGCGUUGCACCUGGCAGCCAAGGAGGGGCACAUAGAUCUGGUCCAGGAGUUGCUGGACAGGGGUGCGGCGGUGGACUCAGCCACAAAGAAAGGAAACACAGCGCUCCACAUAUCCUCUCUGGCUGGCCAGGCUGACGUGGUGAAGAUCCUGAGCAAACGUGGUGCUGAUAUCAACGCACAGUCUCAGAAUGGAUUCACUCCUUUGUACAUGGCUGCCCAAGAAAAUCACCUGGAUGUGGUGAGAUACCUGCUUGAGAAUGGAGGCAACCAGAGCAUUGCUACAGAGGAUGGCUUCACCCCUUUGGCCAUCGCGCUCCAGCAGGGCCACAACCAGGUUGUGUCUGUCUUAUUAGAAAAUGAUACGAAAGGCAAGGUGCGCCUGCCUGCCUUGCACAUUGCAGCUCGUAAAGACGACACCAAAUCAGCAGCCCUGCUCCUCCAGAACGACCACAACGCCGAUGUCCAGUCGAAGAUGAUGGUCAAUAGGACUACUGAGAAUGGAAAGAGUGGAUUCACCCCCCUGCACAUUGCUGCCCACUAUGGGAACGUGAAUGUGGCCACGCUCCUGCUGAACCGAGGGGCAGCGGUUGACUUCACAGCGAGGAAUGGGAUCACUCCACUGCAUGUGGCCUCUAAGCGUGGCAACACAAACAUGGUUCGCCUGUUGUUAGACCGUGGCUCUCAGAUUGAUGCUAAAACGAGGGACGGCCUGACUCCGCUUCACUGUGCUGCUCGGAGCGGACACGAUACGGCUGUAGAGCUGCUGCUGGAGAGAGGAGCACCUUUACUGGCCAGGACCAAGAAUGGGCUGUCCCCUCUGCACAUGGCAGCACAAGGUGACCACAUUGAAUGCGUCAAACACCUUCUACAGCACAAGGCUCCUGUUGAUGAUGUCACAUUGGACUACCUGACAGCACUGCAUGUGGCGGCUCACUGCGGUCACUACAGAGUCACCAAACUGCUGCUGGACAAACGGGCCAACCCUAACGCCAGGGCACUGAAUGGCUUCACACCGCUGCACAUCGCCUGUAAGAAGAACCGCGUGAAGGUGAUGGAGCUGCUGGUUAAAUAUGGAGCUUCCAUCCAGGCCAUUACAGAGUCGGGUCUGACGCCCAUCCACGUAGCAGCCUUCAUGGGUCACCUGAACAUCGUCCUGCUCCUGCUGCAGAACGGGGCCUCGGCUGACGUCAGCAAUAUUCGUGGAGAAACAGCCUUACACAUGGCAGCCCGGGCAGGUCAGGUGGAGGUUGUCAGAUGUCUCCUGAGGAAUGGAGCAAUGGUAGAUGCUCGGGCACGUGAGGAGCAGACGCCCCUUCACAUUGCAUCCCGCCUGGGGAAAACUGAGAUUGUGCAGCUGCUGUUGCAGCACAUGGCCCAUCCUGAUGCUGCCACAACCAAUGGCUACACCCCCCUCCACAUUUCUGCCAGGGAGGGGCAGGUGGAGACUGCCUCGGUUCUGCUAGAGGCAGGGGCUUCACACUCACUAGCCACCAAGAAAGGUUUUACUCCGCUGCAUGUGGCCGCAAAGUAUGGAAGCCUGGAUGUAGCCAAACUUCUGCUACAGCGUCGCGCCCCUCCUGACUCUGCUGGGAAGAAUGGCCUCACCUCGCUCCACGUCGCAGCACAUUAUGAUAACCAGAAUGUGGCGCUCCUGCUCUUGGACAAAGGAGCGUCACCACACACAAUGGCAAAGAACGGCUACACUCCUCUGCAUAUUGCGGCUAAAAAGAACCAGAUGGAGAUCGCCACAGUGCUGCUGCGUUACGGAGCAGAGACUAACAUCCUGACCAAGCAGGGGGUCACUCCACUCCAUCUGGCCUCCCAGGAGGGUCAUGCGGACAUGGCCGCUCUGCUAAUAACCAAAGGAGCUCAAAUCAACGUUCCCACCAAGAGUGGCCUGACUGCCCUUCAUUUGGCAGCUCAGGAGGACAAAGUGGCCGUUGCUGAGAUUUUGGCCAGAAACGGUGCCAACCUGGACCAGCAGACCAAGUUGGGCUACACACCGCUGAUUGUAGCAUGUCACUAUGGAAACGCAAAGAUGGUCAACUUCCUCCUUCAGAAUGGCGCAAGUGUCAAUGCCAAGACUAAGAACGGAUACACUCCCCUGCAUCAGGCAGCGCAGCAAGGAAACACGCACAUCAUUAAUGUGCUGCUGCAGUACGGUGCCAAACCCAACGCUACCACUGUGAAUGGCAACACAGCUCUGGGAAUUGCUCGGAGGCUGGGUUAUAUUUCUGUGGUGGACACACUGAGGGUUGUGACUGAAGAGAUCAUCACCACCACCACGACGGUGACGGAGAAACACAAGCUGAAUGUGCCAGAGACCAUGACCGAAGUACUCGAUGUGUCAGAUGAAGAGGCAUGGGAAACCACUGAUGAUGAUGUCAUGUCAGACGACUCCAUGGAUGAGGAAGGUGACGACACGAUGACAGGCGACGGAGGGGAGUAUCUGAGGCCUGAGGAUCUGCGGGAGCUGGGAGAUGACUCCCUGCCAGGACAGUACCUGGAUGGGAUGAACUACCUGCGCUUCAGCCUGGAGGGAGGACGAACCGACAGUUCAGACAGGUCCUUCACGCCCACUCACCACAGCUACUACUCUUCUAAACAUGAAGGCAUGAUGGAGGAGAUGCUCACCAGUCACCAGGUUUCAUCCCUUGCCAGGGAGACUGAGAGGGAUUCGUACCGGUUGAGCUGGGGCACAGAGAACCUGGACAACGUGGCUUUGUCCUCCAGCCCUGUCCAUUCAGGCCACUCCUCUCCGUGCCAUGAUCAUGGAGACCACAGCAGCUUCCUGGUCAGCUUCAUGGUAGACGCCAGGGGCGGAGCCAUGCGCGGCUGUCGACACAACGGCCUCCGCAUCAUCAUCCCGCCGAGGAAGUGCAGCGCCCCGACGAGAGUGACGUGCCGACUGGUGAAGAGGCACCGUCUGGCCACCAUGCCCCCGAUGGUUGAGGGGGAGGGUCUGGCCAGCAGGCUCAUCGAGGUGGGACCCUCUGGAGCCCAGUUCCUUGGUCCUGUCAUUGUGGAGAUCCCUCACUUCGCUGCCCUCCGAGGGAAGGAGCGCGAGCUGGUGAUUCUGAGGAGCGAAACAGGAGAGAGCUGGAAGGAGCAUCACUGUGAACACACUCAAGAGGAGCUCAACCAGAUACUCAACGGCAUGGACGAGGAACUGGAAACUCCCGAAGAGCUGGAGAGGAAACGCAUUUGCCGUAUCAUCACUAGAGAUUUCCCACAAUACUUUGCUGUGGUGUCACGCAUCAAGCAAGACAGCAAUCUGAUUGGUCCUGAAGGAGGCAUCCUCAGCAGCACCGUUGUACCACAAGUUCAGGCAGUUUUUCCUGAGGGGGCGCUGACCAAGAGGAUCAGGGUUGGACUGCAGGCCCAGCCAGUGAGCAUAGAUGUCGUGAGGAAGCUCCUGGGGAACAAGGCCAGCUUCAGUCCCAUUGUCACUCUGGAGCCGCGCAGGAGGAAAUUUCAUAAACCCAUCACCAUGACAAUCCCUGUCCCCAAGAGCAACUCCGACCCCGUCCUCAACGGCUUUGGAGGGGACACACCCACCCUACGAUUGCUUUGUAGCAUCACGGGUGGAACAACGCCAGCCCAGUGGGAGGAUAUAACAGGAACUACUCCGUUAACUUUUAUUAAUGAUUGUGUGUCCUUUACCACCAACGUGUCUGCCAGGUUCUGGCUCAUAGACUGUCGGCAAGUCCAGGAAUCGGUCAACUUCUCCACUCAGGUGUAUCGGGAAAUCAUCUGUGUCCCUUACAUGGCCAAGUUCGUCAUCUUCGCCAAGACCCACGACCCGAUUGAGGCCCGAUUGCGCUGCUUUUGCAUGACUGAUGACAAGAUUGAUAAAACACUGGAACAGCAGGAGAACUUCGCCGAGGUGGCGCGCAGCCGAGAUGUAGAGGUCCUGGAAGGCAAACCUAUCUAUGCAGACUGCUUUGGUAACCUUGUUCCCCUCACGAAAAGCGGCCAACAUCACCUCUUCAGCUUUUACGCCUUCAAGGAGAACCGGUUAGCACUCUUCAUCAAAAUCAGAGACAACACUCAGGAGCCGUGUGGCCGCUUGUCAUUUAUGAAAGAACCCAGGAACUACAGGUCACUUGCACAAAAUGCUAUAUGCAAUCUCAACAUCACACUUCCAUCAUACUGCAAG